GGAGUCACAUUUGUUUACAAUUACAUCAGAUCAACUCGUUCUGGUCAGUUUCUACGAGUUUCGUCAUAUUGGCGUCAUUUCUGAAUGUUUUGUGCUGGAAGUACAUUCAAAAUGAACCGAAGAAAACUUCCAAAUGUUUUAAUAACCGGCACGCCAGGUACAGGAAAGUCAACCCUUGCAGAAGAGCUCGCAAGUUGUGUAAACAUGAAAUAUAUAAACAUUGGUGAAAUCGCAAAAGAAAACGAACUCUACACUGGUUACGAUGAAGAAUUAGAAUGUCAGAUCUUGGAUGAAGACGGGGUCAUAGACAUUCUAGAAGACACGCUGAGUGAAGGAGGAAACAUUGUCGAUUACCACAGUUCAGAUUUCUUCCCCGAACGAUGGUUUGAUAUCGUAUUCGUGCUGAGGACGGACAACACAAUCUUAUAUAACAGACUUGAGAAAAGGGGUUACAAUGCAAAGAAAAUUCAAAACAACGUUCAAUGUGAAAUCUUUCAAUCAAUCUUGGAUGAAACGAAGGCUGCCUACAAAGAUGGAAUUGUUCAUGAACUGCCAAGCAACACACCCGAUGAUAUGCAGAAUAAUCUGGACCAGAUAACAGAUUGGCUGCAGCAGUGGGCUGCAAAUACUUGAUGUGAAGUGACCUGUAAAAUAAUAAAUGAUACUUCAAGUUAAUAAAUGCUUUAGUUGGUGGAGGGAGUUAUCAAUGCAAUCAGCCGUGACAUCUGGGAUUUCUGAAUUUUACUUUUAUUUUUCAUUUCAAAUUUUCUAUUUUUGAUGUUGCUUUUUUGAACUGAAAUCGGGAGUGUGUGUUUUUUUCUCUUUUUUGCCCCAAAAUAUGAUGGGGGUCGUUCAAGCUGCAAAAUAAAUUCAAAAUUGUGUUUA